AUGUCUUACGGUGGUAGAGAUCAACAAUACAAUAAAUCAAACUUUAAUUCUCGUGGUGGAGAUUUCCGUGGUGGUAGAUCAUCUGAUAGAAAUUCCUACAAUAGAGACCAACAACAAGGUGGUUUUUCUGGAGGCGGAUUCAGCAGAUCAAACUAUAAUCAGCCACAAGAAUUAGUUAGACCAGAUUGGGAUGCUGAAUUACCAAAUUUACCAGCUUUUGAAAAGAACUUUUAUGUGGAACACGAAGUCGUUAAGAAUAGAUCAGAUGAAGAAAUUAGUAAAUUCAGAAAGGAAAAUGAAAUGACUAUCUCUGGUCAUGAUAUUCCAAAGCCAAUUACCAAUUUUGAUGAGGCUGGGUUCCCAGAUUAUGUUUUAAAUGAAGUUAAGGCUGAAGGGUUUGCUAACCCAACUGCUAUCCAAUGUCAAGGUUGGCCAAUGGCUCUUUCUGGUAGAGAUAUGGUUGGUAUUGCAGCCACUGGUUCCGGUAAGACUUUAUCUUAUUGUUUACCAGGUAUCGUUCAUAUCAACGCUCAGCCAUUAUUAGCACCAGGUGAUGGUCCAAUUGUUCUUGUAUUAUCUCCAACAAGAGAAUUAGCCGUUCAAAUUCAAAAAGAAUGUUCUAAAUUUGGUAAAUCCUCCAGAAUUAGAAACACGUGUGUCUAUGGUGGGGUUCCAAAGGGCCAACAAAUUAGAGAUUUAUCUAGAGGUUCUGAAAUUGUCAUCGCUACUCCAGGUAGAUUAAUUGAUAUGUUAGAAAUCGGAAAAACCAAUUUGAAAAGAGUUACUUAUUUAGUUUUGGAUGAAGCCGAUAGAAUGUUAGAUAUGGGUUUUGAACCACAAAUUAGAAAGAUCGUUGACCAAAUUAGACCUGAUAGACAAACUUUAAUGUGGUCUGCUACUUGGCCAAAAGAAGUCCAAAAUUUGGCAAGAGAUUAUUUGAAUGAUCCAAUUCAAGUUCAAAUUGGUUCUUUAGAAUUAGCUGCCUCUCAUACAAUUACUCAACUUGUUGAAGUUAUCACCGAUUUCGAAAAGAGAGACAGAAUGGUUAAGCAUUUAGAGGUUGCAUCUCAAGAUAAAGAAUCAAAAAUCUUAGUUUUUGCAUCUACUAAGAGAACCUGUGAUGAAAUUACAAAAUACUUAAGGGAAGAUGGAUGGCCAGCGUUAGCCAUUCAUGGUGACAAAGAUCAAAGAGAACGUGACUGGGUCUUGGCUGAAUUUAGAGAAGGAAGAUCACCAAUUAUGGUUGCAACUGAUGUUGCUGCCAGAGGUAUCGAUGUUAAGGGUAUUAACUACGUUAUUAACUAUGAUAUGCCAGGUAACAUUGAGGAUUAUGUCCAUAGAAUCGGUAGAACUGGUAGAGCUGGUGCCACUGGUACAGCUAUCUCUUUCUUUACCGAAGAAAACAAAUCUUUGGGUGCUUCUUUGAUUUCUAUCAUGAGAGAGGCUAAACAAACUAUUCCCCCAGAAUUGUUGAAGUAUGACAGAAAACCUCGUGGUCCACAUCCAAGAUACGGUGGUAGAGGUUCUUAUGGCCGUGGCCGUGGUGGUAGAGGUUACGGUGGUGGUCGUGGUGGUCGUGGUAAUUUUAGAUCAAGAGAUAAUGGUUGGGGUAACAGAAACUAA